UACAACAGGUAUUGUGUCAUGUACAUGUGUCACAUGAUGCUGCCAGACUUGGUCACAUGACAGUAAAACACAUGAUUGAUGGGAUUUUUCUGGUGUAUUUAAUGAAGCUUGAAUUCAUGUUAUGUUACAUUCCACUGGGCUAUUGAACUGUUCUCAACUACAUUUUUCUCUACAAGCGUGAGUGCAUCCAUUAGCCUGACAGAAUGCUGAUGUAUAUGUUGUGUGUGUUUGUGCCGUGCGCUGUGUUCGCCGGGCCUCAUGUGGUAGACAUGACCCAGGCACGCCAUCUGCAGACAGACGUGGACAUGAGUCGACCCAUUGAGCACAUCUUUGAAACCUUCAAGAAAGUUCACAGCAAGCAGUACACAAAUGAAUUGGAAGAGAAGACAAGACGCAGUAUUUUUGAGGUGAACGUGAACCACAUUAAGGAUCACAAUGACAAGUAUGCCAAGGGACAGAAGUCUUACUACCUGGGUGUCAACCAGUUCUCAGACUUGACCCAUCGUGAGUUCCUUAAGCUGUACAUGGGUCACAUCAGGGACAGAAACACGACCAAUGCUUCCACCUACCUCUCCCCAUCAAAUGUGCUCAUUCCCGACAGUGUGGACUGGAGGACCAAAGGAUAUGUCACCCCUGUCAAGAACCAGGGUCAGUGCGGAUCAUGCUGGGCAUUCAGUACCACUGGCUCUAUUGAGGGUCAGCACUACAAGAAGACCCAGACGCUGGUGUCGCUCAGUGAGCAGCAGCUGGUUGACUGCUCCACUUCCUAUGGUAACGAGGGCUGCAACGGUGGACUAAUGGACCAGGCGUUCCAGUAUGUGAAGGAGUGUGGGGGCCUGGAGAGUGAGGAGGACUACCCAUAUACCGCCGAGCAAGAGGACAGCUGCCGUUUCAAGGUGUCAAAGGAGCGUGCAACAGUCACUGGUUUUGUUGAUGUCCCGACUGGCAAGGAAGAAAAGCUCAUGGAGGCCGUAGCAACCAUUGGCCCAGUGUCCAUUGCCAUCGACGCCAGCCACCAGUCAUUCCAGAGCUAUGCAGGAGGUGUAUACGAUGAGCCGGAGUGCAGCAGCACGGAGCUGGACCAUGGUGUGCUGGUGGUGGGCUACGGGUCCGAAUCCUCUCAGGACUACUGGCUCGUGAAGAACUCCUGGGGCACGUCCUGGGGAGACGAGGGCUACAUCAAGAUGGUCCGCAACAAGGAGAAUCAGUGCGGUGUAGCCACACAGGCCUCUUACCCACUUGUCUAAGGUGUGUCAGAUCUUCUCAAACAUGGGAGGCAACUCAAGUCUGAAGAUUAAUUGACAGAGUUAGUUGGCUUCCACAAUAUUCCAAGAGCUUUGUGAUCUGAUAUUGAGAAAAUCUCUUUCGAAUGGAGACAGUUUAUUAGUAUAAGAGAAUAUUAUAUGCAUAAAUUGUGUCAUAUAUAUGCCUUCCAAAUAGUUUUGUGUUUAAAAGUCUGUACUCUAAAGUGAAAGUUUUUUUUUUUUCUCUAAGCGCGUCUCCUUUUUGUAAUUUAAACUGCUAGUUCACAUUCAUAUCCUGCUGCAUUGAAAUAAAAGCUAAAUGUGAUACUUGGCAACUGGUUAAGUGAUCUUGAUACAUGUAGUAUUUAGUGGUUUGACAAUCUUAUGUCUACAAAGCAUGUAUUUUUGCGUUUAAAACACUAAUUUUUGUGCAGGUACAUUUUGAUUAAUAUUUUUGUGCGAGUGUGGUUUUGUAUAUAAUAAUGUGUGAUACAGAUAUUUUUGUUACAUUGUUUAUACUUUGUUUGCUUAUAUUGAUUUGGUUCCUCAGUCAGUAUAGGUUGUAGUAUGUGUCCUGUCUGCUUGCUGUUGGUUUCUUUGCAGUGAUUAAGCAAUUGAGUUAAAACAACAUUUAUUUUGGUUUCAGUAGCAGAGCAAUUUUCAUGUGAUUUUGAUUUAUGUUAAAUUGCAUGCUUAGCCCAUUUAUAAGUAUAAUGUUUGAGAUAUAAUUUUGAUGAAGAUGUCUAAUUUACUUUAAAUCAGAAAGGGAAUAAUUAUGUUGUGUAUUAACUUUUCAUCAGAAAUUCCUUGUAUUAAUGCAUGUGACAAAGCGUGUUGGGUUUGUGUGUAUCAAAAGAAGUGUGCUUUUGGAAUUAAUUUAAAUGUUUUUUUUUAAGUAAUUGCAUUUGCAUUAAAAUGUGUUCUAAUGUUAACAAAUAUUUUACAAAUAAAUUAAUCAAAAUGAGAGAUCACUCAUAGUAGGCCAGUCUGGCAUUCUGUAAUUGUCAAUUUUGCUUGUCUUUGAUAUUUUUUCUUUGCAUGAUAUUACACAAAACCAGUACAUGAAUGUGUCAGCAUAAGUGUCAAAUGGAUUGGUUAAAGUAUGUUGUAUGUAUGAUUUGAAUUUGUUCUUAUUCAUUGUAUGUAUGAUUUAUAUUUGUUCUACUUCAAUUUGAAUGUCUAAAUGUUGUGAUAAUGAAUUUUUUUCAACAAAUAUAUUUUCAAUAAAAAGUUUCAUAUUUGUA